CGCCCGCGCCGGCCGGCGAGCUCUGUCUCAUGGUCAAAGUGUACCCGGAUGGCGUGCUGACGCCGCAGCUGGACGCGCUGCGGCUCGGCCAGACGCUGGAGGUGAGCGAGCCGCUAGGCGCAUUCCGCCGGCCGCCGGAGGAGCUGCGCCAGCUGGUGAUGCUGGCCGCCGGCACCGGUCUGACGCCGAUGGUGCGACUGACGCAGCGCACGUUGGCCGCCGCGCCGUCCGCCGCCGUCCGGCUCUUGUUCUUUAACCGGCGGGAGCGCGAUGUGCUGUGGCGCGAGCAGCUGGAGCGACUGGCGCAGCGGGAGCCGCGCUUCCAGCUGCAGCUGGUGCUGUCGGAGCCGGACGAGGGGUGGCAGGGGCGCAGCGGGCGCGUCUCGGCCGGCAUCGUGCAGGAGGCGCUGCCGGGGAGCGACGCGCGCUCCGGCCUGCUGGUGACCGUGUGCGGCCCCUCCGCCUUCUCGGCAGAGUGUGCUCGUCUGCUGGCGGAGCAGGGCGUGGCCGCAGGGCAGGUGCACGUGUUCGACGGGUAGCCGGCGGUGGGGAACGCUCGUGUUCCGUGCACUUGUCGGCGUUUCCUGUCGUGGGUGGCGACUCCCACCCCUCCGUUAGCUGCUUUUCCUUGAGGGUGAAACUGCUGCCUAGUUGAUUCAGGAUUUGGAAUGGCAUUAUGUCUGUUCUGACAAGUUGAUACUUAAAGGGAUAUGGGUGUAUCGCUUAUUAGUUUUUUUGUGAUUUAUUGUAAACGAAGGCCAGCAAGCGUCCCGUGCCUUGGUCGUUAACCUCUGGGAUUUAAUGAUCUAUUAAUAUCAGGGAUUUUAUUUUGAUCAGCAACAGAGAUGAUGCAGUAACUGCGACGUUCCGGCAUGACCGACCCCUAAGUUUGCCUCCCGAUAACACCCACUGCCCUGGCACCACUGCUCGUUGUGGGCACGCGCCGUUAGCUCGCUGUGUUCCUAUCAUGCUGCGGCUAGCAUGUCCACUUUUGGCCGGUGCGUGCAAUGUUCAAACGCACCGUACGAGUGGAGGAGCUCACCGCCUCCUCUGAGUGCCGCCGUGGUCAGUGACACGGUUGGGAUCCUGCCCAGCACCGCCGUCCUCACCCACCGCUGCACUGGCACGUGACGUCCGGCGGCCGCCCGGGCUCGUCGCCGUCGCGACUUCUCCGAAGUGGGCCGGACCGCGUUCUGGGACGCGUCAGGUUCGACAAUGAUCCCCUGCGGCGUGGUGUGACAUCAGCCGUCAGAGGGCCCGGGUCAGGCUCGACACUGACCCGCUGCGGCGUGGUGUGACAUCAGCCGUCAGAGGGUCCGGGUCAGGUUCGACGCUGAUCCCCUGCGGCGUGGUGUGACAUCAGCCGUCAGAGGGCCCGGGUCAGGUUCGACGCUGAUCCCCUGCGGCGUGGUGUGACAUCAGCCGUCAGAGGGCCCGGGUCAGGCUCGACACUGACCCCCUGCGGCGUGGUGUGACAUCAGCCGUCAGAGGGCCCGGGUCAGGCUCGACACUGAUCCCCUGCGGCGUGGUGUGACAUCAGCCGUCAGAGGGCCCGGGUCAGGCUCGACACUGACCCGCUGCGGCGUGGUGUGACAUCAGCCGCCAGAGGGUCCGGGUCAGGUUCGACGCUGAUCCCCUGCGGCGUGGUGUGACAUCAGCCGUCAGAGGGCCCGGGUCAGGUUCGACGCUGAUCCCCUGCGGCGUGGUGUGACAUCAGCCGCCAGAGGGUCCGGCCGCGGAGUCGGCGCUGGCCGCGGCUCCGUGUUGUGCCGCUGGCGCGUGUUCAUCUGCGGUGCCGUGCCCCGGGCCACCUUGUAUGCCGACUGAACGGGCUCAGGCCAAACGAACUCGUCGCCCAGCGGGGGGGGGGGGGGAUAUGUUGGGCUGGCACUGACGAAAUGCACGUGAGCGCCCUGAUAGGCUGGACGGCGUUGGCAAAGCCUUGUGAAUAACCACAAAGUAUUAUAUUCCCCAUGAGAUUUAUGACUUCGUGACUGUAUUUUUGAGAGGACUGAAAUGUUAGCUGUGUGGCGUGUUGAGUGUUACGUGGUAUGCCAUCGACGAUUGUUAAGAGCUGUCGCUGUUGGUUAGUGUGCCAUGGAACAAUACAUGUGUUGUG